AAGCAUUCUGCAGCUCGCACAAAAUCAGAUGCCGACUGGGAGAGAGAACAGGCUGAUGUUACGACUGACAUGGCACAAAUGCACGCAGUAACAGGCAGCAAACUGCCAACUUUGUCGGCACAAAGGACAGACACAGCAAGUCUGACAGCACGAAGGAUAUUUGCCUAAUGCACCACAGGAAAAUACUGCAUCUAUCUGGACGUACAGCGCUCCAAGGAAUUUCCUUCCAUAAUGCCUUCUUGGGUACGAUUUAUUUUCCCUAUCCCUGUCCUAAGUGUCACAGUCCUGCUCCUAUAUUAUAACAACAGUCUUUUAAAAUUAGCAGGUCUCCAUAGGUAUAAUACCACAGAGGAGAAACUGCAAUUCGCUGAAACAUGUGAGUCUUUCCUAAAUGGACAGAAAUCUUUUGCCUGGGAAUCGACGCUACUGACCGCAUUUGAAAAAUCCAGCUGCCCUGAGUAUGUCAGGCAAAAUCACUUCAUCAUGUCUCCACUUUCCCAAGAAGAGGCUGCCUUUCCAUUAGCCUAUAUACUGACAGUGCACAAGGAGUUUGAGACAUUCGAGAGACUGUUUAGAGCUAUCUACAUGCCCCAAAAUAUAUACUGCGUCCAUGUUGAUGAAAAGGCAAGUGCUGAUUUCAUGCAGGCUGUGGACAGUUUAGUCCAAUGUUUUCCCAACACAUUUCUUGCUUCAAAAAUGGAACCGGUGGUGUAUGGUGGGAUAUCCAGACUCCAGGCUGAUCUGAAUUGCAUGAAAGAUCUGUUGGCAUCAGACGUGCAGUGGAAAUAUGUUAUCAAUUUGUGUGGGCAAGAUUUUCCUUUAAAGACAAAUAAGGAAAUAAUACAUCAUAUUAAAUCAUUUAAAGGGAAAAAUAUAACUCCCGGGGUAUUACCACCUGCCCAUGCAAUACCAAGGACCAAGUAUGUUCAUCGGGAGGAUAUAGUCAAUUCACGUGUAGUGAGAACAAGGGUUCUAAAGCCUCCCCCUCCUCAUAAUAUCACAAUUUACUUUGGCUCUGCCUAUGUUGCACUCACAAGGGAAUUCACACGGUUUAUUCUAGAAGAUCAGAGAGCUACUAAUCUGUUGCUGUGGUCCAAGGACACCUACAGCCCAGAUGAACAUUACUGGGUAACACUGAACAGAAUUGCAGAUGUCCCAGGAUCUGCACCAGAUGCAUCAUGGGAAGGUCAGCUGAGAGCAGUUAAGUGGAAAGACAUGAAGGACCAAGAAAAAUGUCAUGGUCAUUAUGUGCGUGAUAUAUGCAUAUAUGGAACAGGAGACUUGCAGUGGUUAAUGAAUUCAAGAAGUAUAUUUGCUAACAAAUUUGAAGCAAAGUCAUACCCACCGACUGUGGAAUGCCUUGAACUGAAGGUCAGAGAACGAACUUUAAAUCAGAGUGAAGUCACUGUGCCACCGGAGUGGUACCUGUGAGCAAGGAAAGAAGGAAAACACCAAGGAGAAAGAUGGAGAGAGUUGGACAUGAAGUAGAAAAAGAAAGAUGGUUUUUCUGAGUACUCUUCUUAAGGCCAAGCAGAUAAUGGUCAUAACUUCUGGUUUCCUUCAGCAAAUUAAAGUCAAAUCUUACAUCUUCAAAUUGCAAAUUUGAAGACUUCUAAGUAUCAAUGGGAUUAGGUUUUAAACACCAAGGUGUCCAUGUUAGUAGCAAAUACUAAAGCUUGCAUGGUGAUUCCAAAGUCAUUUCUGACUGAAUGACCCUAUACACUUUUCAUUUCCCAUUCCAUUUGGAACAUUCAUGAAGUAAAAUUGGAAUGGGGACUGCUGUUGCCUACAUUAUUAUAUAAUGGAGUCAUAGUGAUUAUUGAUGUUGUCAACCUGCACCUGACCCAAACAUGCCCACAUUUAACCCACACCCCACCCUACCCAGGGGAGGGUGGGGUGUGCCCAUCUCUGGCAUGACCCAAGGGGGCAGGGCGAGACAGAGGCAUACAUUUAGAAAUACAGACUGCCAGAUGAGCUGCAUUUUAGGCAGAUAACAGAGUUCAGCCCCAAUCUUCCCAUGACCCACAAAGGAUGUGUGGAUGCUGGCCCCAACCUGCCUGAUCUGCGAUUCCCAACUGGCAUGCACAUCACUAAAAAAGCAAAACAGUAAAAUAAAUGUUGAAUUUUAUAUAAAGUCUGGUAGACCUAAAAAUGUGUAAAAGAAAAUAUGCGGUUUUCUAUGCAGCAAAGUCUGGUGAUGUGUGGUGAAUUCUGACACCUUUUUAACACAGCAUAAUAAAUAGUCCCCAUAGUAUUAACACCCAUCUUUUUGUGGUAUGAGGUAUUGUAUUCAAAGAAAAAUAACUGGAACGCCUAUGCAAAUGUUGGUCAUUUUUCUGCUUUGGAAGACCAAACUAACCCCUGUAUGCAAUAUAAGCCUCAAAGUUUGCCGGGUGUAGUAACACAUAGCAGCCAAUAAGAUGCUUGCUUUUAAACAGGUGACCUGUAAAUGCUUUCUGCUGGUUGCAACUUCGAGCAUCCCUAAGACUGAUGUCAGACGUGGCGUAUGGCGUAUAUUUUUGGCAAGCAGUAUCCUCAUAAAAUCGCAAGAGAAUGCAAAGUCUCACGUUUUUAUGCGUAAUACGGCUACAUGUGCCUGCACCCAAGUGUAUCUCAUUCAUUCGGGUGCAGGUACAGGCUUGCUGAAAAUAUACGCCAUACGCCUCGUCUGACAUCAGCCUAAAAUACUUGUUCUAGCUGUAGAAGAGAAAAGUUUGACAUUCCUAAUUAUUGUCUUUUUCUAUAGAAGGGCCCCAGAUUUUUAUCUUUUUUUACCUCUGCCUUUAUUUUAAGUAAAAACAGGUGGCUUGUUUGCAGUAAUAAACUCAUCUUGUGAACAGAGAGGUAUGAACAGGAUUUACCUGGUGAAUUUGCUCUUUUUGUUGGAUGAGGACCUAUAAUUUCAAAUGUAUAUUUGAUAACAAAACAAAAAUAUUAUUUUAUUUACAGUUAUGUCUUUAACCGGGUCUUCAUUCCUGAAAACUAAACUGGGGCUGAGAAGCUGGUUUUGCCAGUCUGGAGGCACAUAUAUAGAAACAUUUGUACGUGUUAGUGAAUAUUCAGACUAGCCUUUUUCACACGUGAAUUAGCUGUUUUUAAUAUGUUUGUACCUGUAACUUAAGCUGCUAAAUACUGUGGGUGACAGAAAAGGAGAUGUACAGAUACCAAAAGUGUUACUGUUUCUCAUAACAUCUCUGGGUAUCUGUGUGUGUGGUUUAAAAAAUUUAACACGGCAUUUCCCAGAAAAGUACAAAGUGCUGUUUGUGGUUACUGAAAUAUAAAUUCUAGUGUGAGAUGACACUGAGCAGAGCAACCUCAGAGAGGGUGAAUACAUAUCUACGCCUGUUUACCUGUGUCACAAAUACACCAGGAAGUGGGAAACAUAAACCAGUGUGCACCAUACAGCAUAUCAGGUUAGAACCUAUGGCUUGGUCAUUUGACAGGAGCACAGAAAACCAAAUAAAAAAUAAAAAUAAAUAAAUAUAUAUAUAGUUGAGGUGCUACAUACCUAUACCAAUUAACCCCACAACAUACUUUUAGUUACCCUUUUGUGCACACAUUUCUGUGUGGGCUUUACUAAUUAGUGCCGACAUUCUACCUGUACUUUCUGGAAGUGCCCCCAGUAUUUCACUACACAUAUCUAACAAAGGGCAAUAUUUUUCUGCAGCACUUUACAACAUCCACUCUAAAACCAUACAGGCACACCAACUGUCACCAUAAGAGAAAAGCACCUAAUUUUCUUAUCUAAUACAGCUGUAGAAUCUAUAAUCUGGAAUGCUUGGUACUUGUAACACUUGGUAUGUAAUACCGUAAGUAUUCUGCUGCUGUAAGAUGCCAUGGUUUAUCGGGCUUGUAGGAGGGCUGUUUGGACCUUCCUGUACUUGUAAUGCCAGGGCCUAUUUUAAAUCUGAAUCCGGACCUGGUAUCCUGCUAUCAAGGCAUACCUUUUACCUACUACAAGCACAAUAACUCAAAGUAUAAACUAACUACUCAUUUUAAAGGGACACUAUCAUUUAAAGAAAUGUUUUUGUAAAUGGUUUAAUGAACGAAAACAGUUUUGGUUAAACAAUUUGAAGAAUAUAAUUUCAAAAAUAUCACUCUAAUAUGAUUAGGGCAGACAGUUGCAGCUAACAGAAAUUGGUGAAGUUUCAGCUCCAUCUAGUGUCCCCUAGAUUAUUGAGUAAUUUUUGCACCUCUUAGCCAGUGCAGGAUGGCCUGAAGCUGUAAGCCAUAUUGUAACGCCUUACCUUCUUAUAAUUUUAAAAAUGGCCAAAACCUUGACAAAAAGAGAGUUGCAUGGUAGUCUCUUUAGUCAACAUCCCUAUAUAAACAUAACAAUUGUUACUAUACAAAAAUCCACCAAUCCUUCCCACCCCUAUGUUAUGACUCCCCCUGCUGGUGUGCUCAUAGAAUGCCUUAUUCCUGAGUAUUUUCUUGACCCCUAUUUCAGUAUGAAACGUUGGUUGCCUGAAAUGUAGCAAAUGUGCUAUUUUGUACAGUUCUAGGGAUACCACCAUUUAAUUUCCCAAACUCAGUGGUGAUAAUUAAAAAUAAGAUGGGAAAAGACAGAAAAGAGAUGGGAGCAAGUAUACAGAUGUUGAAAAAUAGGUUAGAGGGAAGAGGAUAGUGUUAUAAGAAAUAUUUAUUUGUAAGUGACAUUUGAAAAAUAUAUAACAAUGGAACUUGACAGCUGAUCUGUUAAUCCUUUUGUUGUUCAGCAUAAUAUAUAUUUAUAAAUAUAUAUAUAGGUUUAUAUAUAUUAUUUAUAUUUAAAAUAAUUUAUAUUCUGGUUGCAUACCACAUUUGGGGCAUAGUAAUAUAUAGUAUGACUGACUUCUGACUUCUAUUUACUUCUUUUUCUCAAGAGUACUGUAUAACGAUUAUUAUUUCUAAGCUCUUGCAGAUUGUUGUUGUUCUUUAUAUAUAUCCUAAAGAACUGUAUAAAUAUUUUAAAUACCUUCAGGUUGAAAAAUUGUAUUAAGAGUGUAUAAAUACCCUUAUAUAUAUAUAUAUAUAUAUACUGUAUAUAUACUGUAUAUAACACUGGAACUUGACAGCUGAUCUGUUAAACCUUUUGUUGUUUAGCAUAAUAUAUAUUAUAUAUAUUUAUAAAUAUAGUUAUAUAUAGAUAUAUAUAUAACUUUGCAAAAAUCGGCACUCACCAAUCCAAAAGGCAAUGGCCGGGUGCUAACCCAAAGAAUCCAUCCAGUACAAAUAGAAAUCAAUCGGCUUCAGUGUCCAAUAAAUCAGUUAUGCUUAGUAUGCUUAAAUAAAUAACUGAUUUAUUGGACACUGAAGCCGUGAGUGCUUUCUAUUCGUACUGGGUAUAUAUUAUUUAUAUUUAAAAUAAUAUAUAUUCUGGUUGCAUGCCACAUUUGGGGCAUAGAAAAUGUAUGACUGACUUCUGACUUCUAUUUACUGCACUGAAUAAAUGUUACUUCUGUUUCUCAAGAGUACCGUAUAACUAUUAUUUUUAAGCUUUUGCAGGCCAUUGUUGUUCUUUAUAUUUAUACCUUCCCCCACUUUGCAAAAAAAAAAAAUCUACUGAGGGGGCCUGGCCUGAACAGUCCAUCCUCUACUGCCCCUCUCCCAGCCCAGGCCCCGCAUUCCGGGACUGCCUAUAACCUGGGCACCCUGCAGGGUCUGCUGUAUAGGUAGUUACGCCACUGGGAACUGUCCUAAUCAAAUUAAAAUCAUUAUUUAUUUUAAAGUUUUAGAGUUUUUUUCAUUUCAUUCGCAUGAAAAUACUUUAUUCAUUUGUGCUUUUAAUAUUCAGACUUUUUAAUAAAUGAGUUGAUAUCUGUGUCUG